AUGGAUGCAACUGAACAGUUGGUGAAAAAAAUAAAGGGUUUUGGCACCUCAGCAGAUGCAAUCAAGAUUCAGGCAAAUUUGCGUGAUGUUUCAAGUGCUAAACAUAUUGUUGAUGCCACAGUUCAAGUUUUCGUUUCCAUCGUUCAUAACCUUGCUAAUAAUGCAGGGGAAGGCGACAUUGGAAGUUUUACCAAGACUUUUUAUGUAAAUGUUCGAGCAGCCUACAUCAUGACGGAAAAAAUAGCUCCGUAUUUUCCCAAAAUAGGAGGCAGGAUCAUUAACGUUGGAAGUAUUGCUGGAAGGGAAGGCCUUCCGCAACAAUCUCUGUACAAUGCUAGCAAUCUGCGCUUGAAGGUUUCACAAGGUGCUGGGCUAGCGAGUUAG